AUGGGGCUUACCUCUACAACAGGACAUGGUGAGGCAGGGGUUUUGCACUGCAACUACGGGCGCGACCAGUGCGUGGCGAAAUACCAGCAACGGGUACAGGCCAGAGGACCCGUCCCCCCGCUGAUCUUCAGUACCGAGAACGUCCUCGGACCCGCGAGCUUCACCCAUACCAUUGACAACUGGGCUGCAAUGUUACCAAAACCUGCUGAAGACUUUGCGGUCGAAGAAAAGUCCCCCAUGAAGAUCUCGGUGACUUGGACGUCACCUUCUCCCCUGAGGAACUUCCCGCCGGGGCUCUUCUACCGAUUAGAUCUUCGCGGUCUUAAUCAUUCUGUUUCUACCAUGACUACAGUGGGGAAAUACAGUAACAGCAGCACCUGGGAAGUGGAGACCCAGGUUCCGUUCCCGUGGCUCACUUACGAGAUCAAGCUGCGACUCCGCUCCGGACGAAGGAACGCCACGACCGACGCCCACUGGGAAGAUGGCUGGUCGUCCGAACCCGUCCACGAGGCAGUCGAAAUAAAGCCAGCAGGAAAAUCUGUUACUACGCUAAAGAGAGAUCAUUGUGAACCUUAA